CGACGACGAAGACUGUGGCGGUGACGGCGGCGAGAAUAGGCGCUGCCCUCGGGGAGCAGCAGAGGGGUCUGCGGCCGCUCGCACCGCUGCAGAGGGGCCGGCCGGGCGUGGAGCGGAGCAGCUGCGCCACGGGUGGCAUUGUGUGUCCCGGAGAGCAGGAGCGAGUCCCCGAAGAGCGGCGAGGCUGAGCCCAGAGCCCUGGGUAUCUCCUUCGGCAGGGAAGACUGCCUUCCCCCUGCUUCAGGCUGCUGAGCCCUGAGCCCCGCUCAGAAUGGAAGCCAUCGCCAAGUAUGACUUCAAAGCCACCGCAGACGACGAGCUGAGCUUCAAAAGGGGGGACAUCCUCAAGGUUUUGAAUGAAGAAUGUGAUCAGAACUGGUACAAAGCAGAGCUCAAUGGGAAAGAUGGCUUCAUCCCCAAGAACUACAUAGAAAUGAAACCACACCCGUGGUUUUUUGGCAAAAUCCCCAGAGCCAAGGCAGAAGAAAUGCUUAGCAAACAGCGGCACGAUGGGGCCUUUCUCAUCCGUGAGAGCGAGAGCGCUCCUGGGGAUUUCUCCCUCUCUGUCAAGUUUGGCAAUGAUGUGCAGCACUUCAAGGUGCUCCGGGACGGCGCUGGCAAGUACUUCCUCUGGGUGGUGAAGUUCAAUUCUUUGAAUGAGCUGGUAGAUUAUCACAGAUCUACAUCCGUCUCCAGAAACCAGCAGAUAUUCCUCCGGGACAUAGAACAGGUGCCACAGCAACCGACAUACGUCCAGGCCCUCUUUGACUUUGACCCCCAGGAGGAUGGUGAGCUGGGCUUCCGUCGGGGAGACUUUAUCCACGUCAUGGAUAACUCGGACCCCAACUGGUGGAAGGGGGCUUGCCACGGGCAGACCGGCAUGUUUCCGCGCAAUUACGUCACCCCUGUGAACCGGAACGUCUAAGAGUCAAGAGAAGAUUAUUUAAAGAAAAUGAAGAAUUUUAAACACGUGCAAAAGAAUUAAACCCAUGAGCUGCCUCUAACAGCAGCCUGUGAGGGAGCUCGGAACCCCUGGCUGGGUCACCUGGUGACCCUCUCACUUCGGUUGGAACUCGG